GUUUCUUGUUAAUUAUAAACUGUGUUUUUUCUGAUUUAUUUUAAAUUCUUACAUUUCUGUAUUUAUUACAUGAAUGCUCAUUAUUUUGCUUUAAAAACAAAUGUACAUUUUUCACAUUAGAUACCUUUGAUGGAUUUGACACAAAAGUACUUGAGAUGAAGACUGUAUUUAACAUGAAAGCAAACUUUGGUCGAACAAGAAGAAUGAGUGCUCUGUGUGUCACAGGGAACAAAAAUGGACUAGCUGGUUUUGCUUUGGGAAAGUCUCCAGAAGGUAGGGCUGCUAUGAGAAAGGUGAGAAUUUACAUGCUAUAUAGAAAUUUUUAUUUUCCAGUAUUUCACGAUUUCUAUACUUGCUUUGGGAAAACACAAAUUUUUGUCAAGAAGAAACCAAAAGGGUUUGGCCUUGUUUGUCAUCGAGCAAUAAAAACCAUCUGUGAAAUUAUUGGUAUUAAAGACCUAUAUGCUAAAGUAGAAGGUUCAACCAACAUUAACAACUUGACAAAGGCUUUCUUUCUAGGACUUCAGAAUCAGAAAACUCACCAGCAGUUAGCACAAGAAAAGGGUUUGCAUGUUGUUGAGUAUCGAGAAGAGAGAGAUAAUUUCCCUCAAGUGAUUGCUUCACCAUCAAAAUGCCGAACAAUGAAAGAAAUCAAUCCACAGGAAGUCAUUGAUUACAAUGAGCACAUCAAUGAAGGCAAAGUGGAGUUAAUAAAGACCAAGAGACGUCCAUUUUAUGAAUAUCUUGAUUCAUGGGAGUACCGAGUUAAGAAAAUCGAAAGGUUCCGAAACCAUGAGAAUGUUCACGUUAAUCUGUUGGUAGAACACGGAAAACUCACUAGUUUUCUUAACAUCGAGGAACAGCAAAAAGUAGUGAAUACAGAAAGUAAUGAAUAGCCCUAUAAGUUCAGAGAAAAACUUUUAAUGUGUACAGAUAUGAAUGUUCAAGGGGUAUGUCAUCACUAUGAAAUAGUUUUAGUAGUACUUGUAGUUGGUUUUCUAAUAAGUUGUACAAAGAAAAUAAAGGCAUAGUUAGAGUGAUGGUUAACAGUUAACAGAAAAA